AUGGCCACGGUUCCCUCGACGCCCACCCACAACCGCCUCUCCAGCUCCCACCUCUCUCAUGCAUCCCCCCACUACACGACGACUAGGAGACACUCCCUCUACGGCGUCGAGGAUCGCAUCAUCAUCGACCCCGGCUCGCGCAUCUGGAAGGUCGGCUUCAGCGGCGAGGGCCGCCCGCGCGACGUCGUCUACGGCAGCGGCUCGGCGGAUUUGGAGCUGUACAACCUUCAACGAGCGUCAGAUCCGGCGGAGCGCGCGGAGGAGGAGCGGUUGCUGGAAGUACGGCUGGAGAGCAGGUUACGAUCGGUCUUUCAUAAGUCGCUGCUGACGGACCCGAAGGCGAGGAAGGUGAUAUUAAUUGAGCAUCCGUUGCUGCCGCUGUAUAUCAAGGAGAUGCUGGCGCGAAUAUUGUUUGAGAACCUGCAGGUUCCAUCCGUGUCCUUCGCGUCCAGUCACUUGCUAUCCCUCUUCACUGUAGGCCGCAUCACGGGCCUCGUCCUCGACUGUGGACAUCUCGAAAGUGUCGCCCUACCCAUCUUCGCCUCUCGCCCCCUCUACCCACAACUGCGCACAACCCCCCUCGCCGGCUCCCGCCUCACCACCCACCUCCGCAACCUCAUCCUCCUCUUCGGCACAUACCUCCCCCCGCCGACCUCCCUCUCCUCUGCCGUCAACGUGCCGGCGGCAAACCGCGCCGUCCGCGUCCCCGAAGACAUCCUCACCACCGCCGUCGUCGAGGACAUCAAGGCCCGCUGCUGCUUCGUCGGCUCCAGCAUGGCCGCGCACGCCGCCGACCUCCGCGACCCCACGCCCGCCUCAUCAGAAGCGGACGAGCCGAGCUUCCACAGGAGCGACUCCGGGUUUUCGAGGGAAUCAGGGUUCUCCCGGGAGAGCGGGAUGCAGAGCGAGAGCGACUUUUCGCACCUGUCGAGUACGAAGGAGAGCGAGGAUUUCUCGGUGGUCAGCUUGCCGAGGACGGGCGGUGAGGGAAGGGACGGGGGUGGGGGAAAUGGGGGAAAUAAUCUCCAGCAGCUGGCGGCGCUGUACACACGGCAUUCGAGUGCGACAGAUAUACGACUGCCGGUGACCCCGCCCGCGUCGCAGAAUACGGGCACGGGGAUGGGACUGCUGGUCGUGCCGGGCUGGGUGCGCGAGCGUGCGGCGGAAGUUCUGUUUGAAGGUGGUGAUGUAGAUGAGAGCAGUGUGGCGGAGGUGAUACUGGAUGCACUACUCAUGGUCCCCAUUGACCUUCGCAAGACCCUCAUCUCCUCCAUCCUCAUUACAGGCGGCACCGCCAUGCUCCCCGGCUUCAUCCCUCGCCUGCACUCGGAACUCCUCCGCGCCAUGGCCCCGCCCCUCGUCUCGCACGACCGUCCGCGGCGAGGAAAGGGCAAGGCGCCCCCACCGCCUCCAUAUGACCCUUAUGGCGUCCUCAGACCGCUCAUACCUCAUGUAGCGAUCCUGAAUAACCCAUCUCCGCCGCGGGAUGGAAACAGGAAUGCGGGGCGAGCACCGGCUUUCACGCCAGCAACGAUGGCAUGGGUCGGGGGAUCAUUGGCUGGCUCCCUUAAGACUGGCGGAUCCGAAGUCGCUCGGGAGAAAUGGGACGAGAAUCAGGACGCCAUGCAGAUCUCGUCUCCUGGCCCGAACGCUGGCAACAACAGGCCAAAAGGCUCCCCUGGGAGGACGUUGCUCCCGGAUUGGACUACUAGUCCACUUCCCAUGGGCGCACCGCCUGUGGUGAAUAUUGCGGCGAACCGGCCUCAGCCGCCAGCGGAGGCGCAGCCGGCGAGCAUGCAGGUGGGGGCCAAGUUGAAGGCUAAGCUCAGCCGCAAGGGCAAGAAGGGAAAGAAGGAGGAGGCCGCGCCCGCCGCCGAGCCGGAGGUGGCUGCAGCUGCAGCAACCUCGGAGGACCAGCAGGUCUCCAUUCAGCCGCACCCUGCUAAGUCCAACGACCCCGCCGACCUGAACCCGCCCCAGCCGGGCGGCGGCAUGCGCCACGAUGGCGGCAUGGAAGCGCACCACGCGCGCGACCCGCACGUCCCUGCGCCCGAGGUCUUGAGCAGCCUUCCCGAGCCUGCGACCCACGAGGAGCUCCAGGCGCGCCAGGCCGAGCUAAACAAGUAG